GCGCUGGGUUUGAAAAGUUGCCGAUGACCAAAUACGACAAUGUUGCGGCGCAGGCGAUGUCGCAUAUUGUGAUCACUUUUGACGCCAACACGCCGAAGCAGAUCAUGGACUCGUACCGCGACGCGCUCGGCACGCUCUCGGGCUACACGAUGAAGGAGUACGCAGACUACCUGUCCAGCAGCGGGUUCAUCAGCAAUGUUGUGUUCAACAGCCAGGUGACUUCGGCCGUUGCCCCGACCCUCUCAUCCUCGGGCAAUACCCACGAGAACUCCUCCAGCCAGGAAGACAAGAGCAAGUCGCACAGCGGCUCUGCGUCGGACGACGACGAGGCCACCAGCGGGCUGGACUCGACGCACUCUUCGGGCGCUACCAAGCUGUCGGUGUCGGUUGCGGCCCUUGUCGCCGUGGCAGCGCAGUUCAUGUAAAAACGACUCUUUGAUGAUACAACAUAAUAGAAACUUUUUAGAAGCUUGCUGGCU